AUGACCAAUGUCUGGCAAAUCGCCUAUAUCAUGAUCAACCGUGUUAACGCAGUUAUAGCAGCUGCACCGGGUGUAAACGAUGAUGCAGUAUUAAGAGACAGAGUUGUGGGAGAAGCAAAGUUCCUGAGAGCGUGGGCCUAUUUUGAACUUGUUUCCAUGUGGGGUUCUGUUCCCAUGUACACAGAGCCUGUCACUACAGCUACAGGUUUCAAAGGCAAAUCAACGGAAGCAGAUAUCUAUGCGCUGAUCAUUAGUGAUCUUACAGAUGCCGUUGCUAAACUACCCGCUACUUAUGGUGCAACUGACAGAGGGCGUGCUACAAAAGGCGCUGCAAAUGCUUUGUUGGGCCGCGUUCAGAUGCAGAAAGGUGAUUAUGCUGCAGCUAAAACCGCAUUGCUGGCUGUGGUUAACUCUAACCUUUAUUCAUUAAGUGCAAAUUAUUCUGAUAACUGGCUCGAAGAAACAGAGUUUAAUGCAGAAAGCAUUUUUGAAGUAGUAUUCUUCGACAGAGGUGAUAAUAACUUCAACUGGGGUGGAUAUAUUACCGGUGACGAUCCCGCUGCACCUGUCAGCACGGUUCGUAACCAGGAGUAUUGCCCUGUUGCCUGGAGGAACCUGAUACCUUCAGACAAACUCAUUAACGAGUAUGAGCGCGUAGCUACAGGUGCCACUAAAGACGAUCCCCGUUACAAACUGAGCGCUUAUGAAACAGGCGAUCUUUUCAAUAAUGGUGCUGAAACACUUACAGCCGCUCAACAAAAUGGAGCUAUUUCAUCAGUCAAUGGAGUACCAACAAAAGUUAGCUGGCGCAAAUACAUGCUGAUCUAUAAGGAAAGUUCAGCAGCAGCUGGUUUUCACCCUGGAGGUAUCAAUCAGCGCCUGAUCCGUUAUGCAGAUGUUUUACUGAUGCUGGCAGAGUGCGAAGCUGAAGCUGGAACUUUACCUGCUGCAGUUGGUUAUCUGAACCAGAUCAGGGCAAGGCCCGGUGUUUUAAUGCCGGCUUAUCCUACAGCUCAAUACCCGGUUACUACUAAAAACGACGUGUUGAAAGCCAUCAUGCACGAGCGUAUGGUAGAGUUGGGU